AUGUUCCAGGCCCUGCUGCCCGCCCGCUGCCUGCCCCGCCGCCUGCCCCGCCCGCCCCGCGCUCCCGCCGCCCCUCCGCGGCGCGGCCUGGGGGGAGCAGCCCCCGCGGGGGGACGGCUGCCGCUGGCGCGGCGGGCGGUGGUGGUGGCGGCGGUGGGGGCAGCGGCGGGGGCGGCCUGGCUGUACCUGCGGGAGGAGAAGGAGCGGCGGCGGCGGGCGCGGCGGCGGGCGGAGCUGCGGGCGCUGGCGCUGGGGCAGGGCGACUUCCGGCUGCUGGACCAGGCCGGGCGGCGGCGGUGCAAGGCCGACUUCCGCGGGCAGUGGGUGCUGCUCUACUUCGGCUUCACCCACUGCCCCGACAUCUGCCCCGAGGAGCUGGGGAAGCUGAGCCGGGCCGUGGCGCUGCUGGAGCAGGAGCCGGGCCUGCCUCCCGUCCAGCCCCUCUUCAUCACCGUCGACCCCGAGCGCGACGACGCGGCGGCCCUGGGGCGCUACCUGCGGGACUUCCACCCCCGGCUGCUGGGGCUGACCGGCAGCCCCGAGGAGGUGCGGGCCGUGGGCAGCGCCUACCGCGUCUACGCCAGCGCCGGCCCCAAGGACGAGGACGGCGACUACAUCGUGGAUCACACCGUCCUCAUCUAUUUGCUGGGCCCCGACGGGCUCUUCCUCGACUACUACGGACGCAGCAAGACGGACGCCCAGAUCGCCCAGAGCGUCCGACGGCACAUGGAGACCUACGAGCCGCUCCUCGACUGAGGGCAAAAUAAACACCUCUGCACCC